CGGAUCUCGAAGCGAGAAACCAUCAGGCGUACUUGCUACUCUACUGUACGCUCCGUACCUACUGUACUGUACCCUACGCACUGUACAGCACCCACUGCAAGUACUCCGUACACAGGCUGUGCAGUCCCCUACCACUACCAGUACCACGCCAACCCUGCAUCCAUCCCAAGUCAACUCCAAACUCAACCAUUCCCUCUCGCCUGAACAUAACAUUGGAUAAGCAUUCUUUCAACAUACACCUAGAUGCUAUUGAUUCCCAACCCGACAGCGCUCGAUCGCACCUCCACCAGAGCACUCCCGCGCCCUCCUCUCAACAAGAUUCAACCCUAAGCGCGUAGUGGGGUAACUAGCAGAGAUGGGCCAGGUAUCAAGCAGGCCUGAAGAGGUUGCAGCUCUCUAUCUCAGGGACCAGACUCGAUGUAAGCUUGCAUAUGCUCAAGGGGAAUGAGGAAGUGGCCGCAGAUGCUAAUUCUUCUCUUUCAGUGUCAAUUUCCUCGUUGAAGGUCACAAAUUCCCGCAGACAGACCGUCCUGAGGGUACUCCCGGACGCCUUUCCAGCCUCGAGAGUCUCCGCUGUCCGUGAUAUGGGAGAUAGUAGUGUGGUGGAAUACGUGCAGGUAUAUUAUUAGCCAUCUCGACCUCAGCGCGAAUGCUGUUGCCAAUUCGUACUGACUUGUUGGACUCAGGACCCCGAACCAUCUCAAUCACCAGGACCGAAUUUUCUCCUCAAGCUCAACAACGACGAAGAACUCAACUUUACUUUCACAUUCGUAAUCCGGCAGACACCGUCUGGCGCCACUCCCAAUACGCCAGCUAGUGUGGUUGAUACUAUUAUCAAUGGCCUUACAUACGUUUCAGCAUCUACACCCAAAGAGGUUGAGACUCUCGUCACUCGAGAGUUCCACGCCGAUCCAAACUUACACAAGAACGCAAAUGUACAAUUAGUGGGAGACUAUGCGACCGGGGGAAGCCAGUCAGUCUCAUUCGAGUGGUCAUGGAAAUGGAGACCGCCGAAGCCAUCAGAGGACCGAGGAGGCGGUUGGAGAAAUAAUUGCAGUGUACGUUUCAUAUCAAUUACCACACGAUGUUUACUGACUGCACAUAGUUUGUCGAAUACGAUCAAAGGGCACAUCGCUUGAAUACUCUUGCCAGUUUCUCGUUCUGGGUUUCAAGCAGUACUUUUUCCACUCCCAGUCACUGGGAUGUUACUAAAUUUCAAUUAGACCAGUACCUCAGCCAACCGAGCUCACCCUCACCACCGCCCUUCCACCUCGUUCCACCGCCCAAACUACGACUGCCUUCAUCACAAUCAAUGGAUUCAAGAGUUAGUGGCGCCGAGGCGCGCGAGUACGAGGAGCCACCAUCCCCAGGAAUGCCACCUACCGAACCCUUGCUUGGCCCACCUCUUGCAAAAGACUUGGUGAAGGUGGAUGUCUCCUGCCAACGACCCGGUGAGGAUAUUACAGCCACGGAUGACAGUCCAUUGUUCCGCGCUACUAUGAAAGCCUUGGAGCAGAAAACUGGAGCAAUGCGACAGCGAAUGAAGAAAGUUUUGAGAAAAGCAGAGGCUGCACACUUGGCGCAAAUCGAAUGCAAUGAUGCUAUUUCCGGAUUCAUGGACGCACUACGAGAAGCGGGAUCGUCCAAUGCUAAUGCAGUUCAGCCUGCUUUAGACCACUACUUUGAUAAAAUAGCCCGUGAGAUUCUGCAGUACGAGAAGCAAAAUACGAACAACCUUCAAAGGAUCAUUAUUGAUCCGCUGAAUAAAUUAUACAACAUCGAUAUUAAGCAGGCAGAAGCUAAGAAGCGAGACUUUGAAGAAGAAAGCAAGGACUACUACGCUUAUGUGUCUCGUUAUCUGGGUCAGCGACAGGAUUCGCUGAAACAGAAAAAACGAGCUGAGAGUGAUACCAAAUAUCAGACCAAGCGCAGGAAUUUUGAGUUGAAGAGAUUCGACUACUCUUCAUUCAUGCAGGAUCUCCAUGGUGGCCGCAAGGAGCAGGAAGUAUUGUCACAUCUGACAAAGUUUGCAGAUGCUCAAACUAAAAGCUAUCUUGCGACAGCAAAGAAGGUUGAGGCCUUAUUACCUCAGCUCCAUGCUCUGAGUGCUGAAGUCCAAGAGGCCGACAAGGAAUUUCAAUAUCAACGGACUGAACGCGAAGAAAAGCGUCGAAAUCUGGAGAAAAGUACAACUACUUAUGUGGAGCCGGACACAAUUCCCGCUGUUGGCAUUAUCCCCCCAACCCCUAGCGCCAAUCCUGGCUCUGCUUCCAAUGCCCUUGGUCGAUCAGAUAGCACUGCUUCAACACUUAGAACAGUCUCAACAAAUGGUGGAUCAUCUAUGGCAAAUGCUUUGAGCAACAAUGGUGGAACUGAUCUUUCACGGUCUCCGGGUAUCACUUCCAAUGUUGGCUCAAUCGGUAGCCCCGGGGCAAACUCGAAGUUCAGAGGAAUUCGAGAUCUCGAAGAAAGAGAUUAUUCUCAAGCGUCGACGGGCAAAAGUGAUACACUGAGAAAGGAAGGCUUACUAUGGGCACUGAGUAAACCAGGGAGUCAUGCAGACCCUAGAGGCCUUAAUAAGCAGGCCUGGCACAAGUAAGUGGAUGCAUCUGCCCUUACAAGUUUUGUACUAACUCUACAUAGAUUCUGGAUUGUACUCGACGCUGGUAAAUUAUCCGAAUACAGCAACUGGAAACAGAAGCUUGAUUUGCAUAUGGAUCCAAUUGAUCUCCGAAUGGCUUCCGUACGUGAAGCACGAAAUGCAGAGCGAAGAUUUUGCUUUGAAACCAUCACCCCCCAUUUCAAGCGAGUCUACCAAGCACCCUCCGAGGCAGAUCUGAACGACUGGAUAUCUGCGAUCAACAAUGCAAUUCAGAGCGCAGUUGAAGGUCGAGACGCAAAUUCAGCCUCGUCGCAGGCACCCCCAACAACUGAACAUCACUCCAUUCGCAGAGAUAUUGGCUCAAUCCUGACUGGAAAGAGCUCAUCUAUGAACCAUGGUCAUAAUAAUCCCACAACUAACGCAUCGGCAAACAGCGUGUUCCGCCGAACUACUGUGGGUGCGAGACCAGCAUACUCACGCAACGGCAGCGGUGGGUAUGACGAAAGCCCAGAUAAACUCCUUCAGGUUCUGCGAGAAGCAGAUCAGGGCAAUUGUUGGUGUGCUGAUUGUGGCUCUGGAGUCAAAACGGAAUGGGUAUCCAUCAAUCUUGCCAUUAUUCUUUGCAUCGAGUGCAGCGGGAUUCAUCGGUCACUUGGUACUCAUAUCAGCAAGGUCCGAUCACUCACACUUGAUAUCAAUUCUUUCACUACCGAUCUUGUGGAGCUUCUUCUACUUGUUGGAAAUCGAGUUUCAAACAUGGUCUGGGAGGCAAACUUGGAUCCAGCCAAUAAACCCACACCGCAGGCUACCCGCGAGGAAAGACUUAAAUUCAUUACGGCAAAAUAUGUUGAUAAGGCUUAUGUUGAACCUAUAUCCUCGACGUUGUCACGAUAUGGUACACCAGACGAUACCUUAUUGGCUGGUAUCAAGAAGAAUGACAUACAGCAAGUCAUCUAUGCUCUUGCUCUCAAAGCCAACCCCAAUGUCACGGACAAAUCGCGGGGUACUCACUCGGUAUUUUUAGCAUUGGCGGCUGCGGAUCCGGCAUCUCCUUCGCCCGUUGCUACUCCCUCACGACCAGAGACAGCCAGUAAACCAUCGGCAUUCCCCAUUGCGGAGAUGCUUGUUCAAAAUGGAGCUGAAAUUCCAAUGAAAUUGCCAGCCUUCCCUCUGAGCCGAAGUGCUGCAUUAUAUAUCGAACAGAAGAGUGCUCGAAAUGUACCAGCUAUGGAUACCGUGCCGUCGUUGCCCCCAUCGGUUGGAGAUAAGCAGAAGGAGCGCGAGGCCAGGUUGCAGAAGAGAGUUAGUGCGGGUGGACGACUUGCGAAAGCACCGAUUCCUGAACGAGGAUAACUACAGAUAUUGAUGGGCUAAUGAUUGAUGUGAUGAUUGGAGAUACCAUUGGGAAACCUCGCAUUGCUGGCGUAUGAAAUGUUGUUUUUACCGUAACUUGGGUUGCAUUGCCUAGGGGAAGAGAUUUUCCGAUGUGGUUUCAUAUUCUUCUUGCUGAUGGCAGCGUGUGUAACUCUGAGGAAGAGUGGUACAAACAAAACUCCCGUCCUUUGGGGAGGCGCGAAUUGGAAAUAGUUAUGCGUAGGUAUGGAAGGAGACUGAUGGAGAGUGAUGAUAAUAAUUAAUGAGAUAAGGUUCUGGGUCAAUGAUA